AUGUUCCCGCCAUCAGGCAGCUAUCAGGUUGACAUCGAAGCCAUAUCUGGAAUAUGUGGAUCGAUAUCCAUUGCCUGCUGGGUUGUUGUCUUCUCGCCGCAAAUCAUUGAGAACUUUCGACGAUCAUCGGCAGAGGGACUGAGUGUCGAAUUUAUCAUCAUUUGGCUACUAGGAGGUAAGUCUCUCUUGCAAUGUGUUGUCGUUCUUCCACUAAAAUCUCUUCCAGAUGUAUUCAAUAUCCUAGGAGCCGUACUGCAGGGCGUUCUUGCUACUAUGAUCAUACUCGCCAUCUACUACACAUUCGCGGAUAUCGUCUUGCUCGGGCAGUACUUCUACUACAAGGGUUUUCGUCUGCGAGAUCCUAGGCCGGAUAAGAAGCCGGACACCGGGUCUGAUGCACCCACAGAACGCUCUCCACUAAUCGCGAAUGGCCAUUCCGAAUCCCCCCGACCACCGAAUGCGGCUGCUGUCGAGCCAAACGGGCGCCAUCGCUCUGGAUCUUCCUUCCGGGAGCGCCUUGCCAGUCUGGACACGACUCAUCUCUCUCCAGCGCUACCCAUUCACCCACAGCCAAGCAAUGCUGCUGAUACAGAAGCUCUCAAGCCUCAUCAGCCGCGCAGCUGGACUCAAGCAAUCCUUUUCAACAGCACCGCAGUUAUCCUGGUCAUCCUCGCUGGCGUUGCGGGUUACUAUCUGAGUCCUCCUGCUCCAGAGGCCAAGAAUGGAAGGUCUGCAGCAAAAGAACAAGCAGAUUCGCUAAAUUUCAGCCUCUGGGGUCAGAUCUUUGGCUACAUUUGCGCCGUGUUGUACCUCGGGAGUCGAGUGCCCCAGCUACUGCUCAAUUACAGGAGGAAGUCCACGGAAGGCCUUAAUGCUCUUUUCUUCCUUUUUGCUUGCAUUGGCAACCUUACCUACGUGCUCUCGAUAUUCGCCUUUGAGCCUAUUUGCAGUCGCCAUACGCGAGGCCACUGGCGCGAGAGCAGCUGCAAACCCGGAGAAGCCGGCGCUAUAUACGGCCGCUAUAUUCUUGUCAACCUGAGCUGGUUGAUUGGAAGCCUUGGGACCCUUUUCCUGGACUUUGGUGUCUUCCUACAAUUCUGGGUGUAUCGAGGAAACAUCCCAGGCGACGCCGACGAAAACGCGGUCGUUGACGCUGAUGACCGAGGAAGAGGGUGGAACGACUCAUAA